AUGCGUCUGCCUUCCCUCCUACCCCUAAUUGUCGAGGCCACUAUCGCCCACGCCCAUUUCGACCCAUCUCACUUUACAUGGUACACCUCACCAGCCAGCAACUUCUCCUCAACACUGCCACUCGGAAAUGGCCGACUAGGUGCAGCAGUCUGGGGUUCUACCGUGGAAAAUAUAACCCUGAACGAGAAUUCCAUAUGGGGCGGUCAGUUCAUGGACCGCGUCAACCCGGAUGCGUACAGCGCCUUAGAUCCUGUCCGCUCUAUGCUUAAACAAGGGAACAUCACCGCGGCUGGAGAGGUGACAUUGGAGAAAAUGGUCGGGAGCCCAGAUGAACCUCGGGCAUAUCAUCCACUUGGUUCGUUGGUUCUGGACUUUGGCCAUGAGGGUUCUCAUAUAGAGAACUAUACGCGGUCAUUGGAUUUGCUCAAGGGGCGUGCAGUUGUGGACUAUGAGCAUCAUGGUGUUAAAUUCCGGCGGGAGUACGUUGCAAGCCAUCCCGCCGGAGUGAUUGCAGCGCGACUUAGGGCUAGCGAGGCUGGCCGGUUAGACGUCGCGGCUUCGCUGUCUCGUGAUCGGUAUGUCGUAGAGAACUCAGCCACCGCAGGAAGCAACGCUGGAAUACUCAAAUUGCGCGCCUUGACGGCCGAGUCAGACGGGAUCAGCUUUUCUGCUGCAGCCCGGAUUGUCGCUCAUGGAGGGCGGGUAUCACGCAACGCGAGCUCGGUAGUAGUCCAUAAUGCGACAAUCGUGGACAUCUUCAUUGAUGCCGAAACAUCGUAUCGUUAUGCCGACCAGCCAGCAUGGGAGGCGGAGAUAGAGCGCAAGUUAGACGCCGCCGUGCGAGCCGGGUUUCCUGCUAUCGAGAAAUCGGCCACGGCUGAUCACGAAGCCCUCGCAGGCCGAGUGCACCUCGACCUAGGGUCGUCUGGUGCUGCGGGGAAUUUACCUACUGAUGUCCGACUUGAGAGAUACAAGAUCGACCCUGAUACGGACCCCGAACUAGCGACCCUCAUGUUCCAGUUCGGCCGGUAUUCUCUCAUCGCGUCGUCGCGGGACACGGACGCUUCGCCGUUGCCUCCCAAUCUCCAAGGACUCUGGAACGAAGACUUCGAGCCGGCGUGGGGAGGGCGGUACACAGUGAAUAUUAACCUGGAGAUGAACUACUGGCCAGCAGGAGUAACGAACUUGGCAGAGACGCUAGGGCCGCUAAUAUCUCUCCUUGAAACCGUCAAGCCCCGAGGGCAAGAUAUUGCGCGGCGCAUGUACAACUGCGACAAUGACGGCUACGUUUUACAUCAUAACACGGAUCUCUGGGGAGAUGCAGUUCCAGUGAACAACGGGACUAAGUGGACGAUGUGGCCGAUGGGUGGUGCAUGGCUGUCCGCGAAUUUAAUGGAACACUAUCGUUUCACGCAGGACACAGCCCUCCUGGAAAAACGCAUCUGGCCGCUCUUGCGGCCCGCUGCACAGUUCUACCACUGCUACCUGUUCCCUUUCAACGGAUAUCUGAGCACAGGACCUUCAUCUUCACCGGAAAACGCGUUUGUCGUGCCGGAUGACAUGAGACAGAGCGGCAGGGAGGAGGGAAUCGACAUCGCCCCGACAAUGGACAAUACGCUUUUGUCAGAGCUCUUCCACUCUAUUAUAGAAACUGGUAAAAUCCUGGGUAUCAACAACACUGAUAUCACCAAAGCAGCAUCCACCCUACCACUUAUCAAGCCCCCCCAAAUCGGAUCCUACGGACAAAUCCUCGAAUGGCGUGACGAAUAUAAAGAAACCGAAGCAGGCCACAGACACAUGAGCCCCAUCUUUGGGCUCUUCCCAGGAUCUCAAAUGACGCCCCUUGUGAACCCAACCUUAGCCGCCGCCGCAAAGGUCCUGCUGGACCACCGCAUCUCCCACGGCAGCGGCAGUACAGGCUGGUCGCGAGCGUGGACGAUUAGUCUUUACUCUCGUUUAUUCGACGGAGAUGCCGCGUGGAACCACACGCACGUAUUCCUGCAGACGUAUCCGAGUGCGAAUCUAUGGAAUACAGACUCUGGGCCUGGGUCGGCCUUCCAGAUUGAUGGUAACUUUGGGUUCACGGCGGGCGUUGCUGAGAUGCUGCUGCAGAGCCAUGCUGGGGUGGUGCAUUUGUUGCCGGCUUUGCCGUCAGCUGUGCCGAAUGGGAAGGUGAACGGCCUGGUGGCCAGAGGGAACUUUGUGGUGGAUAUGAAGUGGUCGGGUGGUAGGCUGACUUGGGCGAGAGUCACGGCUAGAGCGGGCGGGCCAUUGGCGAUACGUGUGCAGGAUGGAAGACAGUUUAGUGUGAAUGGUAGUGUGUAUAGAGAGGAGAUCUUGAGUAUGGAGGGCGAAACCUACGAGAUCUCAUUGCAUUAG